AUGAACCAAGAUUCAAAGAAAACCGCAGUGACACUUUACGGACGUGUAAAUAUUCCGCAAGAAAAAUGUAGAGUUAAUUUUUGUACCGAUAUGGAAAAGUCGGUAUUAAUGAGUAAUUUUGAACGUCGUGGGUGGCAUCAGGUCAGUCAAGAUGACGAGUGGAAUUUUUAUUGGGCGUCGACACAAACUUGUAGAAAUUUAUUUAGCGUAGAAAGCGGUUAUCGAAUGAACGAUAAUCAGAUGAUUAAUCAUUUUCCUAAUCAUUACGAGUUGUCAAGAAAAGACUUACUCGUAAAAAACAUCAAAAGAUACAGAAAAGAUUUGGAACGUGAAGGGAGUCCCUUAGCGGAAAAGGCUGAAGUUGUUUUACAUGGAGGACAAGUUGUAACUCGAUACGUUCAUCUCGAUUUCAUCCCAGUAACAUUCGUUCUCCCAGCGGAUUACAACAUGUUUGUCGAGGAAUAUCGAAAGUCGCCACAGAGUACAUGGAUUAUGAAACCGUGUGGAAAAUCACAAGGGACGGGUAUAUUUCUAAUAAACAAAUUAUCUAAAUUGAAAAAAUGGUCUCGAGAGGCUAAGGCGCCAUUCCAUCCACAAUUAAGUAAAGAAAGUUAUGUAAUUUCCCGCUACAUUGAUAACCCUUUAUUAAUAGGUGGAAAAAAAUUCGAUUUAAGAUUAUAUGUUUUGGUGACAUCCUUUAGACCAUUAAAAGCUUAUCUUUUUCAACUUGGAUUUUGUAGAUUUUGCACAGUUAAAUACGAUACCAGUGUAACCGAAUUAGAUAAUAUGUAUGUUCACUUGACAAACGUUAGUGUACAAAAACAUGGUGGUGAUUAUAAUAGCAUACAUGGCGGGAAAAUGAGUGUUCAGAAUCUUCGACUAUUCUUGGAAGGCACUAGAGGCAGGGCUGUUACAGAAACUUUAUUUGCCUCUAUACAAUGGCUUAUAGUACAUUCACUGAAAGCUGUGUCAUCGGUAAUGGCAAAUGAUAGACAUUGCUAUGAAUGCUAUGGCUACGACAUCAUAAUAGACAACCAGUUGAAGCCCUGGUUAGUUGAAGUCAAUGCUUCGCCCUCACUAACGUCUACAACUGUUAAUGACCGUAUUAUGAAAUAUAAAUUAAUAGACAAUAUGUUAUCAGUUGUUUUGCCCCCAGAUGGAAUACCUGAUGUGAGAUGGAACAAGGUUCCAAAUUCUGAGUCUCUCGGCAAUUUCGAUUUAUUAAUUGACGAGGAAUUUAUUGACAAAGACGAUGCUACAAAUAUAGGAGGAAGAUCAGUAAAACAUAGUAAGAAAUAA